UUCCAUCUUCGUAUACUGCGGUAGUCGAACGUGCAAGAGGAACUCUCAUCUACGGAGCUGGCCUUUGCUGAAAAAUGAUUAAGAUCUUGUUUUUGAUCACGGUGACUUGUUUGGUUGCUGGGUGCGUGGAAGGGAAAGCAUUAUCUCCGACUCAAUGCAGUAUUGCCAAGCAGUUCGUAGGAAACUUCGGCGUUUACCAACACACACGUGUAGGGAACAACUCUGCUACCAAUGGCAUGAUGUACUAUGACGGGACGAAAGAGCGCAUUCGAGUCGAUGUCACCGUCAAAGGCAUCUUUUACAAAAUUGUCCAACUUUAUACAGAGAAAAUCCAGUACGUGAUCUUCAAGUACAUGGGGAAAGACAUGUGCCUCAUUCAACCAAUCACCAAGCCUUUUGACCCGAUCGUGAUCCCCGCGGGUAGCGUGGAGCUGGAACGCGGUCGUGUCGGCUCCGCUAAACACGGAAUGGACAUAAUCCGUUUCUACGGCUUGAAGAAAGGGGCCCAGUACAUCAUAACGGUGACCGCUGCUGACUGCGUUCUGACAGAAGCGCUCAUCCACAUCCCCAUGAAACAAAUAUCCUAUUUCAGCCUGACCAACAUCUCGCGAUUCGAGGUGACGGACGCGGACUACGCGCACCCGAGCGACUGCAAGCAUGCACCUGAGCGCCAUCACGCGAACGAGGCUAGAGACGCGCCCUCCGAAUUCUACUUCUGAACCUGCGCAUAACACCGAACGGCAAAUGAGGCAACGAAAAUCUGUUUCUGUCUUUUAUAAUUUUUUUUAAAGUAAUUUAAAACUCUAAGUAAACUUGUUUAAAUAAAUAAUUAUUUGCAUUAUUCA